CAGUGUCCGAGAGCUUUAAUCCAACCACCAUUUUCCAGUUCAGACUCGAUCAUUUUCUCAUUUUUGUAUCCCUCUGUGGACACUACUAUGGACAUAGGUGAGUGAUGCCAAAAAGAGAAGAAGUUGGAUCGAUUCUAACUUCGAUGUGGCCGAUUUUCAGGUACAGUACCUGCAUCAAAGCCCGUCACGUUUUUUAUUCAGAGGUGAUCGGCAAGGAGCUUGCUAAAUCCGCCUAUCACUUUUGAUAUCCUCCUGUUGCGAGCUUUUCCUCUCAAUUUCAUGGACAGCCGCCAUCAUGAACGCCACUUCAGCCCAGACGAGCCCUGCUAGCUCCCUUCUUGGAUCGAUUCCAAUCUUCUGGACUCUUCUAAUUGCAUUUCCGACUUUUGCAUUAUGGUGGUGGACUGAUAUCAGAUGGAGAGUUGCAAAAGGUGAACCGCCUUUAGUAGUACACAGCAUUCCUUGGCUGGGCCAUGGUUUGAGCUUCAUGAAUGAUAUCAAUGGAUUCACAGAAUGGGUCAAGUAAGUUCACAUCUUUCUGUGAUGAAGUAUCAAAAUCUGAUAAACCCAGAUCAAUUCAUCCAUCAUCUUCGGCGGCAACCGUCCACAUCGCCGGACAACGUCUUUAUUUGAUCUUUGAUACCAAACUUGCUUCUCAAGUAUACCGACGGUCUCAAACAUUCAUAUUCGACCCUUUUUUCCUUCAAGCAUCAGGGAUCCUUGGAGCCAACAAGAAAGAUAUGAAAAUCCUCUCAAACGGUGCCCAGACCCUCACACCAACCCCCAAAGAUCAAGACAGCGGGCAAAGAGUGAUCCAUGAUUUACACAACAUGACACCUCAACAUCUCACUGGAGUAUCCCUUGACAAAUUGACGAACAUGUUCAUAGACGUCAUCUGUAAGGAUAUCGAUGAACAGUUCCCAGAAGACAAAAAGGAGAGCUACGAAUGGGAGACUUUGGACUUAUGUGAAUUCGUGAAGAAGACAUGGUGCCAUGCUUCCAUCACUGCCUUGUUUGGAACUCAUAUUUAUGAGAUUUGGCCGGGAAUCGACGCAUGGCUUUGGAAAUUCGAUAAACACUUUCAGAGUCUGUUCACAGAAAUGCCGAGAAUUGUCAUCCCGACAGCCUUUGCACUUCUGGACGAAGGACAGGAGAUGUGUGAGAAAUGGGAGUCUGAUGCUAUAAAGGCUGGUGAGGAGGGUAAGAUGGAGUCGGACCCUGAUUGGGAUGAGUAUUGGGGAUUGAGAUUUGUGAGGUUGAGGAAUGAGUUCUUGAGAAAGGAGGGCUUGAGUGCGAAAUUCCGGGCCGGAAAUCAAUGCGCGUUUCUCUGGGGGGUGAGUUAUACCAUUCUGUUCCUCGAAGCUUAUGGACAUGGUACUAAUGGUUCUCAGCUAAACGCGAACGCAAUUCCAAUUGCUAUGCAAACCAUAGUCCGCAUGGUCCUCUCACCACCUUUACUAGCAUCUCUCGUCACCGAAGUCUCGGCCUCUAGAACAGAAGGGAAUUCCUUCGACCUUAAGACAGUCACAACUGCUCCCCUCUUCAAAUCUGUCUACCUCGAGUCUCUCCGAUGGGCAACUGCAUCACCCUCACCUCGGGUAGUCCGUCAAGACUGUGAAGUUGGACCAUACCUCCUCAGAAAAGGCAACAUGGCAAUCGUGCACUCCCGAACCCUUCAAAUGGACGAAGAAACCUGGUAUAUCCCCAGCAAACCCGAAUCGCACCCGUCCAACUUCUGGGCCGAACGAUUCGUCGAUGGCGACGCGCAAUCGGAAGAACUGCGAGUCGAGGAGAACAACGAAGCAGAAACGAACUGGUCAGAAGACAUCAACAGCAAACACCCAGCUCCUAAACCAUUAUCAAGGAAGAUGGCGGAACCACUUGGUGGACCGAAGAGUAAAGCUAUUCAGCAACGGAUGUUAGCUCUGAGACCUUUUGGUGGAGGAACUACACUUUGUCCUGGAAGACAUUUUGCUACGAAUGAGAUUAUGGGUGGAUUGGCGGCUUUGAUGCUGAGAUUGGAGAUUGAAGUUGAUCAGGAAGCUUUGGAGAGGAAUGGUACUCCGGUGCCAGAUCUGAGUAAACAGGGUGGGUUGUUUCCGGAUAGGGGCUUGAUUUGUAGAGUUCGUAGACGGAAACGUGUAUGAUGCACCGGAGUUCUUGGGGGGUACUAUUGCUUCAUAGACAGCACGCGGGUACGAUAGACAAUGCAUUGGUCGUAAUGAUGAGAAUGAAUUUCACGAGCCCGUUGCCCAAUACAGCUCACUAAACAGUUAG